UAAAGCCCUGUCCCUUUUUUUUCAUUGUGUUCAAUUGCCUGUCAGAAGAAGGCUGGAUUUAGGGGUCUCCUCUCGCUGUUUUGCGGCUCUCGACGGAACAGAUCAAGUAAUCUAUUAAUCUAACAGAGUGUGGAGCUUUCCGAAAUUAAGGGGAAUCCUGACAAAGACUGAAUGGCAUAGUAACAAGUGGAAGAAAGUGAAGCGGAUCAAGGUGUAAUGAGUGGGCAUUUCGUAAGCAGAUGAUGGCAGACGUUGAGGCGUCAUUCUCUGAGUUUAUAAACUGUGAUCGUACGGGUCGCAGGAAUGCAGUGCCAGAUAUUAAAGGAGACGGGGUAGUGGUUGGGACUAGUGAACUUACCAAAGACAUGGCUCAGAUGGACCUGAAAGCCACUGAGGGAGAUGCCUCCGGAUCUCCAACCCCUGAAGCAGAGUCAUCCGGAAACCAGGACAAUCCGGGGAACGAAGGACCUUCAUAAACAUCAAGAAUUACCAGAAGGAGAGAAAAGCUGGGGAGUUCUCUCUUAUCAUCACUAAUUCUCCUCAUCUUUGCUCAUCAGGCAGCAGUGAAGAGCUCCUCUCAUAGACUGCCGUUAAGGCGAAUUUCCUCCCAUUGCAUGCUGUUGAGUGCCUAAGAGACAGAUGGAGAAGACACUGCCUUUGCAAACACCACUGCAUGGGAUUAGUCAAGGGCCAGCUUGAACACUGAUUGACAGUGCUGCGUGAUGGAAAACAGAUCAAAAAGAAGCAGAGGUGUUUUGAUAUAUAUUUUUUUUUAUAAUAUCAAACUUCAACUAAACUGUUCAUUCUGAACGUGAGUUACUGGUAAAAUACUCAGAGCUACUGUAUAUUAUAAAGAGUACCAAAUAUGCCUAUAUGUUACAGUCCAUGUGCCGAUGACAUUACUUCAGUUAAUUCUUUUUUAAAUACAAUGACCACUACAGUUGAAGUAGGUCUGAUUAUAGACUACAAGUCCAAAAUAUUCCCUGAGGUCAGAAGAUAAUUGUUUCUAUACUUCAUUAUAUAAUGUACUGUAAUACAAUGUAACAAAAUUAACUAUAUUUAUGUAAUAUCUGAUUUAUUGCUUUCUGCUCCUGGCACUGUUUGGUGGUUUUUGUCAAACUCUCAAAAACACUUGUAGAAA